AUGACGCAGGUCAUUUGCCAUGAUCUGAAUGAGGUCUGGGAUGACAUCAGCGAAUUCCUGGACCAGGAGAAUUUCCGCAUUGGUGAGGUCAGCCGAUUGGCAUUCUCGCCACUUGAAACGCCAACAGUCGGUAUGCUCACCCGAGCGCCGCGAGUUCACGACCAACUCAUCCGUGAGCCGCCGAUCACGUUGGCUAUGCCGCCACCGGCGCUACCUGGCGCCACGUUCGCCCCAGCCGUAACGCCAAACCGCCUUCCAGCCUUUGCCUCUACAUGUGCCUUAGCCGCUGCCGCCAUUGCCACCAGUGCAGGAGGUGCUUGUUCGGCACAACCGACUACUUCGACUGUUAUUCCUAGUUACUAUCCUCCUCCACCACAACCAUCAGUGGCUCCGCCACAGCCGCAGCAGCCACCGCCACUUCCUAUUAAGGAAGAAUCACCGCCGUCUAGUCCCGAGAUACCGUAUCCAUACAUUGACGCCACUUAUUCGCGAAGUCCCCUCGCCAACAGUUUGCCCGAUUUGAACUUACCGAAUCCAACGAAAUCGCAAGACAAGCAGGUCAGUGAAUUUUCAAAGAAUUUUGCUUUUUUGCUUUAG